AUUGACUAUCCCAAAGUCAAAGAUCAAGGAGAUGGCCUCUUCCGGAAUCUACAAGCUGGAUGUUGGGAAACCUUACCUGAAUAACUGCUUUCCAGCCAAGAAUCUCCGGAUGGCCGAGGAAGGCCGAGGACACUGGGUAGUAGCUCGGAAAUCGAACUCCAAGAAGAAGGCCCAGGGUGCGACUGAGGCAGCUGAAGGCCAGGAGAACCGGAAGACGAGUUGUUUAGAGCUCAAGGGAAAGAGGCCAUCGAGGUGGAAAAGCCAAAUGGCUUUUCCUGGAUACGUCCUGGACCGGGCUUUUCUGCUGAAGCACCACUGCGUGAGGAAGCCCGCGGACCUGGCCAGCAUCAACGUGAGCGGCCUGAAGUUCUCCAAGGUGAAGGACAAGGACUUCAAGCACUUCCAUUCCGUUAUUUACAUCAAUGCCUCAGAAAACCUGCUGCCUCUAGAGGCAUUUCACACAUUUCCAGCCCUAAAGGAGUUGGAGCUAGCACUUAAUAACAUCAAAACCAUCUAUGUGAAAUAUGGAGACUUCAAGUGCCUGGAGUUCCUGGACCUUUCCUUCAACAGCCUGACUGGGGAGGCCAUCUGUGACCUGGGCAUUCUGCCACAUCUCCGCGUCCUGCUCCUCACAGGAAAUGGGCUGACCUCCCUGCCUCCCAAUUUGGCAGUCACAGAGCAGGAAGCGUCUGAAACAAGCAUGGCGGCGAGCAAGAGGUACGUCCUGAGGUUCCCAGCGCUGGAGACGCUGAUGCUGGAUGACAACAAACUGUCCAACCCCAGCUGCUUUGCCAGCCUGGCCGGGCUCCGGAGACUGAAGAAGUUGAGCCUGGAUCAAAACAGGAUCUUCCGGAUCCCGUACCUACAGCAGGUUCACCUCCUCGAUGGGUCGGGGGACUGGGUUGGAGGCAGGGACAGUUCCCUGAAAGAGCACCACUCCACACUGCAACCCAAGUCGUGGAUGUACGAGGCCUCCGACGAGCAGCCGGACUACACUGUACUGCCCAUGAAGAAGGAUGUGGACCGGACAGAGGUGGUAUUCUCCUCGUACCCUGCAUUUUCAACCUCACAGCCAACCAAAGUAUGUACUCUUCCACCCAUAUUCGAGAUUCUUCCUGUAAAGUCUCUGAAGGCCAGGAACCAGACACUGGCCCCGCCCUUCCCAGAGCUGAGGUACCUUAGCCUGGCCUACAACAAGAUCGCGAGGGAGGACGCGCUGCUGCCGGUGGCUCUCUUCCCGUCUCUCUGUGAGCUCGUCUUCCAUAACAACCCUCUGGUGGCCCAUACUCGAGGGGUCCCUCCACUGUUGAAGAGCUUCCUCCAGGAGCGGCUGGGGAUCCACUUAAUUCGAAGGAAGAUAGUAAGGGCUAGGCACCCCCACAUUUUGAUGUCACGGAAGGAAUCAAGGAAGGUGAAAACUCAAGUCCCAAAGGUGCCCAAACAGCACCUGGUGCUCCAGGAGCCGUCUCUGACUGCUGUUGGGUCUCUGACGAGGGGUGAGGCAGAGCUGGAGGCAGACCCCACUGAAGAACCGUCCGCUGCCAAACUCAGUCCUGUGGAGUCUGAGCUGCCCAUCGAGGGCAUCGAGGGCCUCUCUGCCUCGCACCGAACCUUCAUUCCACUGCCUCCCAUUUGCUCCAACUCCACGGUGCACAGCGAAGAGAUCCUGUCCCGCCCGAGUGAUGGAGCCGGCCACCUCAGCCCCGAGCACCCAUCAGACGAAGACACCAAAAGCACUGAGUCCAUCUUCUUGACCCAGGUGAGUGAGCUGCCGCCCUCCGUCCAGAAGGACGACUCAAAGGUGAGGAAGCAUGACCACAAGAGGCCAUCGACAGCACCCAAAGAGACGAAAAGGGCUCGAAGGAGGCGUCCAUCUGCCUUCAUGCUCCCCCAAAAGUACCACGGCUACGAGGAGCUACUGACAGCCAAGCCGGACCCAGACUUCGCUGAGCCAAAGGGGACCCAGAAGAAUGCGAAGGCCUUGCAGCAAAUCCUGAAGCAUCCGCUCCUGUACCACCCCCCCAAGGCCAAGGUGGACACCCUCUGGAAACCCCCUUCCACUGUCCCCAAGGAGAAGCGGGCCCCGAGGACCCCGGUUCCACCCCCGCGAAAGACCCGAGCCCAGCUGCUGGAUGACAUCCUCAGGCGCAUGCGGGACCCCCGGAACAUCACAGAGGCGCCACUAGGCACCGUGCUGCGCGGGCGCGCCGAGCCGCGCCUGGUGAACCAGAAGCAGUACCUGGAGGCCAAGCGGCUGCUGAAGGAGUUCCAGGCGCGCUACCGGCAGCUGGUGCGCGGCUCCUUGCGCACCGUGUUCGGGCAGCAGCCGCCGCCGCCGCCGGCCCCUGCGCUGGCCGAGGCCCAGCCCAAGUUCGGCCGCUUCCUCGAGUUCAUGGACGAGUUCUGCCAGGAGCCCCCGGCCAGCGACUCCAAAGGCUAG